CACUUAGGUACGAUUUCAAACACCGGCUGCAUGCGGCUGAAUGGGUAGAAUAUGACCACCACGGAAUGACUCCCGCGCACACUUACAAAUCCCAUACGUACUGCUGUAAGCUUGAGUUUCUUUUUAAAGCUCCAUUGUCAAGUGUUCUUUUCCAUUGCCCUCGAUGACUAGCAGCAACGAGCUCAACGAGAAGGGUGCCGAGAUCAAGGGUCGCCGUCAGCUGUUUUCCAAGAAACCGCCUCCACCACCAAAAUCGUCAAUCGAUGAUGCUGAUAUCAUUCCAGAGGUUAACGCAAAUAUUUUCAGCAUCAUUAUCUUUGGAUGGAUUACCCCUCUCUUACGACUUGGCUACGACCGUCCUUUAGAAGCUUCCGAUUUAUACAAACUCCAGGAUGAACGUUCUGCGGCCUACAUUGGCAAUAGGAUUCUCGAAGCUUGGGAACGGAGACAGAGAGUAGCCAAUGAGCAUAAUGCCCGUCUUGCCAAUGGCGAAAUCUCACCUGGGUGGAGGAAAGUUUGGUGGACUGUCUGUCGUGGAAGGGAAGAACGGGAGAAACAUUGGAGAGAAGUUUCCGGGAAAAGGAAACCAAGUCUCGCUCUGGCCAUGAACGACAGCGUCAAGUGGUGGUUCUGGUCAGGCGGCUUGUUCAAGGUUCUCGGUGACACCGCCCAAAUCACUUCCCCGUUACUCGUCAAAGCCAUUGUCAAUUUCGCUACAGAUUCCUACCGGGGCCAUCUCACAGGAGGUCCAGUUCCAUCCGUUGGAAAAGGUAUAGGCAUGGCUUUUGGCUUACUCGGCCUUAACGUCUUUGCCUCGCUCUGCACACACCACUUUUUCUAUCGGACAGCUUCUACCGGUGUUUUGAUUCGAGGGGGUCUCAUCAACGCUAUCUACCAAAAGUCCCUUAGACUCACCGCGCGCUCCCGUUCAAAACUACCUAACGGCCUCAUCAUGAAUCAUAUUUCGACGGACGUCUCCCGAAUCGACUUUGCUGCGGGAUUCUUUCACAUGUCCUGGACUGCUCCAAUCCAAAUGAUUAUAUGCCUCAUAUUACUUCUGCUCAAUCUCGGUCCUUCUGCCCUCGCAGGUUUCGGAUUUUUUAUCAUUUUGAUCCCUCUACAAACCUACAUCAUGAAAAGUCUAUUCAAACUACGGGCUCAAUCUAUGCAAUGGACGGAUAAACGCGCGAAACUUUUACAGGAGCUCUUGAACGGGAUGAAAAUUAUCAAGUUUUUUGCAUGGGAAGUGCCUUUCCUAGACAGAAUCACAGGAUUUCGCAGAAACGAGAUGAAGUACAUUCGUAGUCUACUCGUUGCGAGGGCUGGCAUGAAUGCCGUCGCGAUGGCUUUGCCUGCUUUGGCUUCCGUACUCGCUUUCGUCACGUAUUCGCUAUCCGGUCAUUCUUUGGAUCCAGCAAACAUCUUCGCCUCAUUGACCUUGUUCAAUUUGCUAAGACUGCCUUUGAUGAUGCUUCCCGUCUCUCUAAGCUCAAUUGCUGACGCAUCGAACGCCACAAAGCGUCUCUACGGCAUCUUUGAAGCAGAAACCCUCGAGGAAACUCGUAUCAUUGACGAAACAGUUGAUUAUGCUGUUAUAGUUCCCGAUGGAUCGUUCACUUGGGAUGCCCCUCCCCCAGAUUCUCCAUCUGACAAGAAAAAGUCAAAGGGUGGCAAGAAACCGACCAUUGCACCCACCGCCGAAAAACCAACGGAGGACUUUAGGCCCUUCACACUCCCCCACGUCUCUCUUACCAUUCCUCGAGGCCAGUUAGUCGCCAUCGUAGGCCCAGUCGGAAGCGGUAAAUCCAGUCUUCUCCAAGCUCUCAUUGGUGAGAUGCGUCAGACGAACAGGACCUCCGCUACUUCUGUACGGUUCGGUGGGACGGUUUCGUAUUCGCCCCAAACGGCAUGGAUUCAAAACGCUACGAUUCGGGAUAACGUGACAUUUGGAAGGCCGUUUGAUGAAGUCAAAUACCAAGAGGCAUUGAGGAAGAGUUGUUUGGAGAGGGAUUUGGAGAUGUUGCCGUACGGGGAUUUGACAGAGGUUGGGGAGAAAGGGAUCAGUCUUUCUGGGGGUCAGAAACAGAGGAUUAAUAUUGCGAGAGGGGUUUAUUCGGAUGCGGAAGUGCAGAUUUUUGAUGACCCACUGUCGGCUCUGGACGCGCACGUAGGAAAAGCGGUAUUCCGGAAUGUGUUGCUCAACCCUAUGAAUUCAUCAUCUUCCAAACCGAAAACAAGGAUACUCGUCACACAUGCUCUACAUUUCUUACCUGAAGUGGAUUACAUCUACGUUCUUGACGAAGGGAAAAUUGUAGAGAGGGGAACUUAUGAGGAGCUUAUGAAUGCUGGAGGGGAGUUUAGUAAGUUUCUUGAGGAGUUUGGUGGAGGUGCUGGAGAGGGGGAGGAUCUUGAUGAGGCGGAGAAACAGAAGGAGUUGGAGGUUGGUGUGCCAGGUCAAGACUCAGAGGAAGAAGAGGUUAAAAAGCCUCUUGCUACUUCCGCGGCGAUAAUGCAAGCAGAGGAGAGGAAUACGGGAGCUGUCAAUGCCGAUAUAUACAAGGCUUAUUUCAGAGCUGGGAAUGGGAAGUGGAUCAUUCCGGUUUUGGUGUUGGCGUUGUGUCUGGUACAGGCAUCGACUGUGCUGUCUUCGUAUUGGUUGGUUUAUUGGGAGGAGAAUCAUUUUAACAUGUCGUCGGGGGUUUAUAUGGCCAUAUACGCAGUUCUAGGCGUUGCACAGGCCGUUUUUAUGUUCAUUAUGGGAAGUACGUUUGCUAUGUUAACGUACUUUGCCUCGCAAAGGUUGCAUAGGGCGGCUAUUCGGAGAGUUAUGAACGCACCCAUGUCGUUCUUUGAGACUACUCCCCUGGGUCGAAUCAUGAACCGUUUCUCUAAAGACAUUGACACAAUCGAUAACCUCCUCGGUGAUGCUCUCCGUAUGCUCACUGCCACAACCUCCAAUAUCCUCGGAGCGAUCAUCCUCAUUUCCAUCCUCCUGCCUUACUUCCUAGUCCCGGUCUUUGUCAUCCUCUCCGUCUACCUUUACGCAGCCCAUUUCUACCGUGCUUCAGCUAGAGAAUUUAAACGCCUCGAUUCGAUUUUGAGGAGUGAGUUGUAUGCGCACUUUAGCGAGAGCCUUUCGGGCUUGGCUACUGUUAGGGCGUAUGGCGAAGCAGGGAGGUUCUUGAAGGAGAAUGAGAGGAGGAUCGAUGUUGAGAAUCGGGCGUAUUGGUUGACGGUCACGAACCAGCGCUGGCUUGGAAUUCGACUAGAUUUCCUUGGGACUUUGCUGACGUUUGCUGUCGCCAUACUCACGGUUGGAACGCGGUUCAGCAUUUCACCUGCACAGACCGGUGUCGUCUUAUCGUAUAUUUUGAGUAUUCAACAAUCAUUCGGUUGGCUCGUUCGUCAAUCCGCGGAAGUCGAGAACGACAUGAACUCUGUCGAACGGAUUGUUUACUAUGCUGAUCACGUUGAACAGGAGGCUGCUCAUGAGCUUCCUGGGGACGGAAAGGCAAAAAUUGGCUUAUGGCCAACGGAGGGCAAGGUGGAAUUUAAAGAUGUGGUUAUGAGUUAUAGACCUGGGUUGCCUGCUGUUCUUAAAGGGAUAUCACUAACCGUCACCCCAGGCGAGAAAGUUGGCAUCGUUGGACGCACGGGAGCAGGGAAAAGUAGUUUGAUGACAGCCCUCUACAGGAUUGUGGAACUUUCCGAGGGGACGAUUGAUAUCGAUGGAAGGGAUAUUUCAAAAGUGGGAUUGACGGAGCUGAGGAUGGGACUUUCGAUUAUACCUCAAGAUGCUCUUUUAUUUUCGGGAACUCUGAGAACCAAUCUCGAUCCGUUCAAUCUACAUGACGACGCUAAGCUUUGGGAUGCGUUGAAGCGGUCAUAUCUCGUCGAGUCGGAGUCACGAAAAGGGAACAAAGAUGAAGAUGCGAGUACGAUCGAAGACGAAGGUUCCCAUACGCCUACUGGCGCUACGAAAUUUACGCUUGAUACGGUUGUGGAAGAUGAAGGAAAUAAUUUGUCUAUUGGUCAACGCUCCUUGGUAUCCUUGGCACGAGCGUUGGUGAAAGAUACUAAAGUGUUGAUUCUUGAUGAGGCAACGGCUUCGGUCGAUUAUGAAACGGACAGCAAAAUUCAAGAUACGAUUGCUCAUGAAUUUAAGGAUAGAACUAUUCUCUGCAUUGCUCACCGACUACGCACGAUCAUAUCAUAUGACAGAAUAUGUGUUUUGGAUGCCGGACAGAUCGCAGAGUUUGAUACACCUGCGAAUCUUUACGAACGAAAUGGAAUAUUUAGAGGGAUGUGCGAGAGGUCUGGGAUUUCGUUGGAGGAUAUUCGGAUUGCGAGGAAGGGGAGACAGGUUGAGGAGGAUGACUAGACAUUUAUUCUUAAUUUUUCUACUAAAUCUUUAAUACCCGUUACUACUCAUAAACGAUUUUGUUGUACAACGAGUUUUCUAUUCGCCUCACGACACUUUGAAUGCAUGUAAAGUAAUGAUACAGCUCAUACACGGUCGUACUGCCUCA